AUGAGUAAAUAAAUAGGAUCUAAUUUAUUGAAAAUCCUAAAAUAUAUUUAGGAUGGUAAACAGUACAACAGAAUUAAUAUAUUAAAAACGAUUACAUUUUACUUUCUGCAGAAUAUUAAGCACUGAUUCCAAUCUAUCUAAGAAGAUUAUUAUACCUCAAUAAAGAAAUUAGUGAUCUGAUUGUUAAUUAAUUAUUAAUAAUUGAUGAAAAUAGACAAUCUUUAUUAGAUAUAUAGAAACACCUGAAUAAAUAAGUAUUGAAGCAAGAAUUGAAAUAAAUAAUAUAACGGAAAGAGAACUAUUUGCAUAGUCAAUUGGAAAUAUAUAAUUUUUGUUAUGAAGUUUGGGGCAAAUUGAAUUAAUAUUAUGCAACUAUUCAAACUAUUUGA